AACCCCCCUGGCUUUGGAAAGAGGAUAAAGUAAAUCAGCAACAACCAAAAAAAAAAAAAAACUCUUAAAAGUUUUAAAACAUAUGCUCAACAUUCUGGCUACCCAGAGCGUCUAGCUGCCAGUGGUCUUCAAAACAUAAACUUCUUUGCUGCUAUAGAAUAAGUUACCAACAAUCAAAGAGGAUGUGUUGGUGUAAUGGUGAUGUGCUGGUCACGUUGGUGUGGCGUCGAUUCAAUUUCACCUCUCGGUUUCUGGCAAUAAAUCUGCAGGGGCUUCAUGAUGGUGAACGAAAAAGGAGAUGGGAUAAACAACAACACAAGCCUUCCACCGAUUCAGCAGUACCGACCUGCUUUGUCAUGGGAACUGAAGAUCAAGAAACACGUGACCGUCCCCUCCUGUCUGGGCAUGUUCCGACCCGUUAUGGGCCAGUGUUGCCACCAGUGCACCCCGAACAGUCUGGUGAGUCCAUCGUCCACAAGUGGAACAAAGUUGGACACAGAAAACAGGAAGAGCAAAAAGCUUAGCCAAAACUCUUUCCUUGGCUUCCGCAACCUGCUGAGCAUCAACGAGACACAAACCAGAUAUCGAGGCUGGCUGGUGCGCAGGGUAUGCUGCGUUUUGUAUGUGAGUGGGUGCAAGGUUUACGGGAGUCCUGUUAGCGACAGGCAGGAGAGAGUCUGUCAGAGCAACAGGGUGAGGGAGGCGCUUGCAGCGGUUCAUAAAGCACCCGAGGGGGAAGACAGCCAAGGGCAACACAGUCUUCUCUCACCGCUCCUGUCCCUCAUUAACACCUGCAUUUCCCCUGGCCUCAUCAGAUUCAUGUCCUGGGUGAUGCUGAAGAUGUUUGCCUCCGUGUUUGGAAGUAUUCAAGUCAACAAAAAUCAUCUUCCAGCUUUACACAAAGCAACACAAGAGGGCUCUCCCCUGGUAUACGUGUAUCUGCGUCAAAGCGCCUUGGACUGCACUCUCAUCCCUCUCGCACUCCUCUGUCACAGCCUGAGAACACCAUACACUGUUUGUCCUCUCCACAUCAAAAGUUCCUUUCUAAGAUCCAUCUUGGAGAAGGUAGGUGUCAUCCUACUGCCUCCUAAUGCAGCGACCGAACUUGAAGCUGAAAUGGAUCCUCUCUACUCUGCUGUCAUGACAUCUCUGGUACGUGAGCUGCUUCAUGAGGGUCAGGCGUUAAGCGUCGGCGUGUCAGCGGCGUCUGGCCACGGCGGCCAGUGGCUGGCUCGCAUCAGGCAGCUCAUCAAAGAGGAAUCUGUCCCUGAUGUCAGCCUGGUCCCUGUGGGCAUCUCAUACGACUGUGUGGCCAACACCAACAUAAAGGAAGCUGGCUCACAGUCUGUGUUGCAGUGGCUGUUGUCGCUUCUCUGGAAGAAACCAGCAGGAAGUUUGAUGAUCCACCUUUCCCAGCCAUUUUCUCUCAAGGAGAUGUGUGAGUCGGGGCGGUGCAGAGUAGAUGAAUGGCUCCCUCUACAGGACCUGUUGCUGCCUGUUGUCAUCAACAACAGAGCUGACAGUGUGUUUGGGAAGAGACGGAUGUCGUGGCUUCUGCCGACGUUGCAUUCUACUCCUGAACUCGAAGAGAAGAGUCAUUCAGAUAGAGACCUCAGCGUCGCCAUCGUCCUCCACCUCAUCUUCUCGGCCGCUUCCUGCACGGCUGUGAUGUCCACCAGUCUCGUGUCCAGUCUGCUACUCUACAAACACAGCAAGGGCGUGAGUACAUCUGUCCUGUGCCGUGACGUCGCCUGGCUCCUCGAGGAGCUCUUGUUCAGGAACAGAGACGUCGGCUUUGGGGGAACUCUUCCAGAAAUCAUCCACUACUCGCUCGCCCUGCUCGCACCUCACCUCCUCAUUGCUGCGUUGCCGUCACGGAAAGACCCUCUCAUUGUCCCUCGUCCGUCCGCUGCUUCCGUUCUUCACCUCUCUGCUCUGGCCCAGAAGGUGACGCACACCUUCAUAAUGGAAGCUGUGGGAGCGUGCGCGGUGUCGGCCAUGCUGUGCGAGGUGGUCUUCAGCGGCGUCAGCAGCCGAGUGAGGAGCGACGGCGUGGAGGGAGAGGAGGUCAAAGGUGACAUGGAGUUUGAUGUGGUGCUCGGUCAGUCGGAGCUGACUGAGAAAGCCUUGCAGCUUUGCCAUCUCCUGCCUCCGGGCAUCAUGCCACCUUGUCAGUCGGCUCAGAGUUUUGCUCUGGAUGCUGUUGACAGCCUGGUCCGCUGUGGCAUCCUGAUCAUGGAGGAAAUUCCCCGCGACAUUCACAUCUGUGAUUUCUGGAAGAGGGAAGGCACUCUGACAUGGACCGCCACCGACGACCCGUAUCACAGCGACUCUGACUGCGAGGACCAGGACUUGCGCUCAUACAAGAUAAGUCAGCCGAAGCAGUGCCCAGAAAUGCUCUUCUUCCUCUGCAGAAUGCUAGCUGGACAUUUGAGGGCGCUGUGCUGGACCACCAGCGCUCUGGACGUGAUGGACUCUCCUCUGCCUGAAGCCGAAUUUCUGUCUCAGAUACACUCCCAUCUCUGUGAAACAGCAAAUCAGAAGAAACGGCACUACGAAAGCUGCUCAGAGGAGGCAGCACACACUGCAGUUAGAACACUAAUAGACCUCGGGGUCCUUCUGCAGACGCGUCAGACGGGAGCCGUCUUCCUCGGUGUUAGUCCUUUGUUCCAGUUGUCAGAGAACCGGGAGAAGCUGCAGCGCUUCAUCUCACAGUACCUCUACAAUUAAUGUUAAGAGCGCAGAAUGACUCAAGGCCUCGUCUCCGCUUUGUUCUGCUGAAAAAAAUCUGACCUCGUUCUGUGUAGUUGUCAGAAAAGGCCUUUGUUCUGUUAACCAAAAUAGUCACUCUGAGUUAGAAGCAGCUGUCUUUGUUUUAAUUGCAUUUUAUAAUUUUACUUUUAAGCCAUUUCUCAGCUGCGGGAGAGCAUUACGAAGAACCUGUCAUCAGCUGUUCCUUACAUGUAAAAUGUUUUAAAUAAAGACUUUCUUGGUUCAUCUUAAAUUCAA